AUGCCAUGCCCUCCCAUGAUGCCUCAAUUUCCACAGCAGCUGCCAUGCGCUCCUCAAAUGCCAAUGAUGCAGCAACAAAUGCCUUGUAUGCCUCAACAAAACUUCAUGAUGCCUCCCCAAUUUCCCAUGCAACAAUCAUUUCAACAUCCAUGUUUACAAUCAAUGGGUGGAUCAUUUGCCGGAUCUCAAAUGAUGCUACCACAGGGAGGCAUGAGUAAUUACCUUGGAUACGGGUCUCCUAGUUACCCAGGUAGUAAUAUGAAUAUGAUGGGUGGAUUUCCAUCAACCGGACGUGUUCUCGUUAUGGCAUCAAAAAAUUUUCGUUCAAAAUUUUAUUGUCGAUGUUUUUGUGUAUUUUCAAUUUUAUUAUCAUUCCUAGUUAAUGAAACGUGCUCAAAAUCUGUGCGCGUACAUGCACAUGGUCAACGAUUAUCUAUUCCUCGCUAUCCAUACAUAAAAGAUCGUAUAAUAAGAAGUAAUUCGGGUAAAUUAUUAAGCGUUGAUACAAAUGGUAUCCAUAGACCGAAUAAUGCUAUAGAAAUUGAACAAGAAUUGUCGUUAACCACUCAGACACUCCCAUUAUUCGAUUUCGAAACGCAACAUACAUGUGUGACAGCUUGUUACGCAUGCGUAGAAGGACCGUUGCAUUCAGAAGGAUCAAAUAAAAAGCAAUCAUCCGAUGAAAACUGCGGUCCAAUGUGUGAUUGUGCUGAUAUGUGCUUUACUAAUUCUAUAGAAGAGGUAAAUUCACAAUUUGGUGGUGAAAAUUCAUGUUGGUUACGAUCAUACCUACAAGCACUUGCCGGCGAACAAGUCAUAUAA